AUGGACUACCAAAACCGCGCGGGCUCCAAAUUCGGCGGCGGCGGCGUUGCCUCCCGCGAGCGCCUCCGCAAGCUCGCCCUCGAGACCAUCGACCUCGACAAGGACCCCUACUUCUUCAAGAACCACGUCGGCUCCUUCGAGUGCCGCCUCUGCCUCACCGUCCACCAAAACGACGGCUCCUACCUCGCCCACACCCAGGGCAAGAAACACCAGACCAACCUCGCCCGCCGCGCCGCCCGCGAGCAGCGCGAGGGCAAGCAGAACAUUGACCCGGCCACGGGCCUGCCCGCCAGCGUCGCCGCCGGCCUCGUCGCCCGCCGCAACGUCGUCAAGAUCGGCCGCCCCGGCUACAAGAUCACAAAGAUCCGCGACCCCGUCACGCGCCAGCAGGGCCUGCUCUUCCAGCUGCAGUACCCGGACGCCACGCCCGACCUCGCGCCCAAGUGGCAGGUCAUGAACGCCUUUACGCAGCGCGCCGAGGAGCCGGACAAGAAUUUCCAGUACCUCGUCGUCGCCGCCGAGCCCUACGAGAGCGUCGGCUUCAAGAUCCCCGCCCGCGAGCUGGAUAAGCGCGAGGAUAAGCAGUUUAGCUUCUGGGACCCGGAUUCCAAGGAGUAUUGGAUCCAGGUCAUGUUUAUGACGGAGCGGGAGGAGCGGUUCAAUGCCGCGCCUGGCUUGACGGCGAGGAGAUGAUU